AUGUCCUUCCUCCUCAAACCCCUCGCCUUCAUCUCGACCUCGGCCAUCUCUCUCCUCGGACUCGUCUCUACCCGGUCGAAGAAGGCGAGGUAUUACUUCCACCUCACGCUGUAUUUCAGCACGAUGGGUCUCUGUAGCGUCUUGGGGGUCGUUUAUAGUAUCGCCUUGUCGCUCGUCGGGCAGCGCCUGAACAUCAACUACCUAACAGCCCGUUCGUUCUAUUACCUCUGUUACCCCCUGAUCGGUAUCAAGCUCGAAGUAGAGGGCAGGGAACACUUGGACGGGCUGAUGACCUUGGGGGAGAAUGGAAAGGCUCAGAGCGCGGUCUUGGUCGGGAAUCAUCAGAGUUUCCUGGACAUCUUGUACCUCGGGAGGAUCUUCCCCAAGCGGGCGGUGAUUAUGGCCAAGAAGGAACUACGAUGGGCUCCUCUGCUCGGACAAUACCUGACCCUCUCCGGAGCCGUCAUGGUCGACCGCAAGAACAGCAAAGACGCCGUCAAGAUGAUGCACCACGUCGGGGAGGACAUGAAGCGCAAGGGCGUCUCGCUCUGGAUCUUUCCCGAGGGGACGAGGAGCCUGAGGAAGGAGGACGAGUUGUUGCCGUUCAAAAAGGGGGCGUUCCACCUGGCCGUCCAAGCGGCGGUCCCGGUCGUACCCGUCGUUUGUGAGAAUUAUCAUAGGUUGUUCGAUGGGAAACGGAUGUUUGAACGGGGAACCUUGAAGAUCAAAAUCCUACCGCCCAUCUCCACCCAAGGACUCUCUAGCGAGGACGUCGGUCAGCUAGCUCAAGACGUCCGAGAGAGCAUGAUGACCACCUUGAAAGACCUAUCGGCCGCGUCCCGUGCGUCAUCUUCC